CGAGAGCGUGGAGCGCCCCCCGCGCGCGCGCGCGCCAAGCCGCGUGCAGGCACCCGAGGGCACCGCCGGCUCGGCCCUGAGAGGGGCCUGGCGGCCGCAGCCCCCCACGCCCGAAGAGGGAUGCGGUGCGCCCUGAGAGCCCGGUAGCGGCGGAUCUCUGUGCUGCAUGCCCGAUGAUGGAUGAGCCGUGGUGGGAAGGGCGCGUCGCUUCGGACGUCCACUGCACCCUGCGCGAGAAGGAGCUGAAGCUGCCCACCUUCCGCGCCCACUCCCCACUGUUGAAGAGCCGCCGGUUCUUUGUGGACAUCUUGACCCUGCUGAGCAGCCACUGCCAGCUGUGCCCUGCGGCCCGGCACCUGGCUGUCUACCUGCUGGACCACUUCCUGGACCGCUACAACAUCACCACCUCCAAGCAGCUGUACACUGUGGCGGUCUCCUGCCUCCUGCUCGCAAGUAAGUUCGAAGACAGGGAGGACCAUGUUCCCAAGCUGGAGCAGAUAAACAGUACGAGGGUCCUGAACGGCCAGAACUUCACCCUCACCAAGAAGGAGCUGCUGAGCACAGAGCUGCUGCUCCUGGAAGCCUUCAGCUGGAACCUGUGUGUGCCCACGCCUGCCCACUUUCUGGACUACUACCUCUCGGCCUCCGUCAGCCAGAAGGAUCAGCACUGCCACAGUUGGCCCACCGCUUGCCCCCGCAAGACCAAAGAGUGCCUCAAGGAGUAUGCCCACUACUUCCUAGAGGUUACCCUGCAAGAUCAUAUUUUCUACAAAUUCCAGCCUUCUGUGGUGGCCGCAGCCUGCAUCGGGGCCUCCAGGAUUUGCCUUCAGCUUUCUCCCUACUGGACCAGAGACCUACAGAGGAUCUCAGAUUACUCUCUGGAACAUCUCAGCACAUGCAUUGAAAUCCUGCUGGUAGCUUAUGACAAUGUCUUCAAGGACGCUGUCUCAGUCAAGAGCCAGGCCUUGGCAAUGGUGCCCGGCACGCCCCCCACCACCCCCCAAGUGCUGUUCCAGCCCCCCACCUACCCCACCCUGAGCCAGCCGACAACGCCAGCCCUGACACAGUUUCAGACCCCCGUGCAGGACCUGUGCUUGGCCUAUCGGGACUCGCUGCAAGCACACCGCUCUGGGAGCCUACUCUCUGGGGGCUCUGGCUCCUCCCUCCAUGCCCUGUACCCCACCCUCCAGCCCUUGGACAUGUGUCCCAUGUCCCUCCCCACGCCCCUCAGCGUGCAGAUGGCCAUUGCAGCUGAGCCUAGGCACUGCCUUGCCACCACCUACGGAAGCAGCUACUUCAAUGGAAGCCACGCAUUCCCCACAGGCUGUUUCGACAGAUAGGGCACCUUCAUUCCACACAGGGAGCCCUUGGAGACUCACGUGGGCAGAGGACAAGAACACAGGUGAGGGGAGCUCAGCGGAGCCAGGCAGUGGGGAGACCAUCCCCACAACCUCAUUGUUGCCCUUGAACAGAGAGGGUUCAUAUUCUUUAAAUAAAGCUGACCCCCAGCAAGAUGGUCCUUGACACCCCUCCCCCGAGAACAUUCCUCUGGAAAGCAUCUUCCACUGUGUGGCUGGGCUGCAGGGGGAUGCCUCUGCCACUGUCCUCUGGAGGAGGGACCCCGUCCAAUGAGAAAGACCUGGUGAGAGGCCGGGAGACUGGAAACGAUGCAGAUCGCCAGUCAUGAGCAUAUCUGGUUUUUAGCAUCAAGAUUUCUUUACUCCUCACCAGUGGCAGCUACACUGAGAAAGAAGGGUACUGCCUGACGUUUCCUCAGGACCCCCAGCAGGUGCCACAUUGGGUGCUCUUUCCCUGGCUGCAUACAGAAGAGCCUGUGUGUGUCUGCGUGCACGCCUGACUGUCGGCCUUCCAAGACACGGAGGGCGGCUAUCUUGCCUUUGUUGUCGAACCUAAAACCUUAUUUGGCCUUUUAGAUAUUUCACAUGCUGCUGUUCCUGAAGUGACCUAGCUUUCUGUUCGUGUUCAGUAAGAUAUCUUGUUUACAUACUGCAUCAGGGAUUUUGCGAUACUUGAAAAUUCCUUAGGAGAGAAAAAAAUGUUGAUCGCCACACUGCCUGUCCCAUGCAAGGGCUGUAGGUUCAGACCCAGCUUGUAAUAGCAAGCAUGUGGUUGGGGAGAGCCACUCCCCAGGUUCUCGGUUCAAGAAGAUUCCACAUCUCGGAUGCUGUGUUCACCUGGAGAGCUUCAACAACCACCCAGAAGGAAAGGUGGUUGAAAGGUAGGCAGGUUUACAGCCAACAACCUUCACCACCUCCACCAGGUGCUUAUGGUGCAUGAUUUUGGCUAACAGGGAAGGCCGAUAAUGCAGAAUGUUUGCUUCAUGCCAGCUGGAGUCAGGGAGCGGGGCAUGGACUGGGUGUGUGUCACAAAUCCUGCCAGGCAAGCGACUGAAUGGAUCGAAAGCCAGUGUUUGGGCACCUGCAGCAAGAGGGCUCUCAGGAAGACUCGUAACCACGUGCAAUAUGUUUUUAUUUUGACUCGCGGCUUGUGCUCGUUGUGUUUAUUGUUGGUUCCGAGUCAGGGGGACAUACUGUUCACCCAGCAGAACUGGGAGGUGUAAAGAACCACGGAAGCAUUUUUUGUUUGUUUUAAGAACCCAUCUUGGUUUUCUCAGCUUAUUUGCCAGUCAGUCCGGGAGACUGGCUCGGGGACUACCAGGGAGGCGGCCGUGUGCUGCCAAAUUGGAUCCGAAGGUGAUUCCCAGAGCAGAUGAAGGCUUCUGUGCAGAAGCAGAAUGAGAAGGGGUGACGCGAGUAAGGCGCCGUGCCACUGUGUCACAGGAGUGUGGGAAGACUACACGUUUGCGUUGCUUUUCUCUUUUUCCUUUGCCAACCUCCUUCUAUUUAUGUGAGACUAGUUUGGAUGCCUAGUUACUGUGUCUAUGUGGCCUGGGACUGGGGCUUGUGAGGGGCACCCAGUAGAGCCUCACAGCCAGCCCAGCACACAGAACAGGGUGUCCUGCAAUAAACAGAUCACCUGCUCUUGGU